CAUCAGAAACCAAAAUGUCAAGCUUAAACCCAAGGGAAAAUUUCAAACCCGAAACCCACUAGUGCCGCCCACACGAAUUCCCGUACCCCAAUGGCGACAUCGCCGCCGCAGAACCCUAGCUCCGGCGAUCCCUCCGAUGCGUCGAGCCUCGCCGCCGCGGCGCUCGAGGCGCCCGGGCGCGUAUGGAGAUCCCUCGUCGCGCGCCUCCCUCCCCUCCCGGACUCCUCCAGCUUCCUUGCUGCCGUCUCCGACCUCCAGCGCCGCUACUUCGGCGUCCGCCGGCCCCGCCGCCGCAGGCGCUCCGCUCUACCUCUCCCGCUCCGUCCCGCGGCCGCACACUCCGCUCGGAUUGCUGGUGAGAUGCCCAAAGCCUUUGUCAUCUUAGAUGAUGUUGUGCAACACACCCUGACUAAUUUGCACACUAUUCACAAAAGCUUACUAUUUUGGCAGGCCAAAGCUGAGGGAACAAAUUCUCAGAAAGUGUACUUUAUGAUCUUUGAGAGAGGUCCAAGGGCCUUUGUUGAUGCAACAUAUCAAACACUCACUAGACCCGGAAGCAAUGGACGUCCAGUCCAAUACAUUUUGCAUUCUGCAUCUGAUAUGGUGUCAACAAAACUUGCUGCCUUGACAAGUAUGCAACAUUGCUUGGCCGCUUUUCUUGCAGAGAUUCAUUCUGAAGUUGAUAGAUGCAGAGAAGGAUUAACUGAAAACUCAGACAAAUCUCUGCAUACAUUGUUCAUUGUUUUAAAUACGACAUUCUCCAAGUUGGAGGUAUCACUGAGAAAUGCUGGUGAGGGGCAAGAUGAACUAUUUACACAUGAUGGAAAUUCAUAUGAGCUGUUUGGGAAAUUGCCGGAAGUCGAUGUAGAGAGUUCAGAAUGGACAGAGGCCUUGGCAACAGAUGGUACAAGUUUAGUCUAUCAAAACCUUCAGAAGUUGGAUAGUUUCCUGUCCUCUCAGCUCUCAAGCCAUAAAAGACCAAACAGAUUGACCAUAUACUGGUUACCCUAUACAUGUGGAGCAGUGGGUCUCUCUGUGUGUUCUCUGUGGCUUUUACGUCAUAGCAGCUUGAUGGGAAGUCCCGAUAUCGACAAUUGGGUUCGAGAUGCUAAGGAGUCUGUGGCUGGAUUUUGGGAUGAACAUGUUGAGAAACCAAUCAUUUCCAUUAGAGAUGAGCUUUUCGAGACAUUCAAGCAAAGAGAUAAAGGUGUAAUGGAACAGCAAGAGGUCCAACUGACUGAAGAUUCAUUGCGCAGGAUGUUAGUUGCCUUUUGUGAGCAAACAGAGGGUCGGAAGUUGCCAGAAGAUUUAGCAGUGCAGGCGAUGUUGGAGACUCUCACGAAGAGAUAUGAGAAGGAAUUGAUACAUCCAAUUCAAAACCUCUUCAGUGGAGAAUUAGCCCGUGCUAUGCUUAUUCAGAUUCAAAAGCUUAAACUGGAUCUUGAAUCGGGACUGCUGGAGAUGGAUCAGAUUCUUAGGGCAAAUGCUAUAAACUUUGCCGUUCUUGCAGCUCUGCCUGCUUUUGGUCUCUCACUUCUGCUGCUUGUGUUACUGCGAACAUGGAUUCAGCGUGAUCAUGGUGCUGAGGGAAGAGGUAAUAUUGCACGAUGUCAACGGAGGCUGCUUCUUGUUGAUGUAGAGAGAAGGCUUAUGGAGUUUCAGCAUUACAGGGAUAAUGGAAUGGAGGAAGAGGCACGGUGCAAGUUUGGACUAGUACUUUACACGCUUGAUAGACUGUGCAAAGCUGUUGAGUCACACGCAAAAGAAACAGGCGAAUGGUUAAGCUUGAGAGAAGACAUUUUUGAUCUGGCAAAGCUCGACAUGGGAACGCCAGACAAGAUGAUUGUCGUGUCACGGUUGAAGUGGAUGUAUAACUGCUUGCUUCCAUUCUCAUCGAGCCGUUUGCCACGUCUCUAGAGCAGCGAGCAACUGAACGUCGUGUGUUGCAUUUUGGAUACUCCAUUUCUGCGGUAACUUGUAAAGAUUUUGGCACGGGUACCUGGCUCUGGAAGGUUCGUUGGCCCUCUGUCGGAAGGAUGGUUCUUUCAUGCACACAAAGAUGUUUUGUAAAUUUUAUCAGAGCUGGAUAAAGUACAUCGGAAAGGGCAAAAAUUGGGUGGAUACAGUAUCCACCGAGCCCUCCGUGCAUACAGCCAGGGUAGUAGGGGAUAGAAAGAGGACGCCAGUUUGCCUUGUUGAUUUGGAUUGGCUGUUUAUACCAAAAUAGUUUGCGUGGUUGGGCUAUUUGUGUGCGAGCAUUGUACCUUUUGGCCUUUGUUCCAGCCUAUCAUUUGCAAUGGCUAUUCCAUACCCCCAUACUUCAUAACAAGAUGCUGUUCUUUUUUUUCUAUUCCGCAGAAAUAAAGGAGAUGUGCAGUACAA